UUCAUCACGUCGGGGACUCGAGUUUCAAAUGUUUGAAAUCGCGUUCGUGAUAAAAUUUACAAGAUGCAUAUUUUUUGAUUUUUAUUUUGAAGUAUGCUCAUUGUUGUUUCUGUGCUCGUAAUUGGAUCGUUUAUAAUAGAUUUUAUGUAGUUAAGUUUCAAAUUAUGUAAACAUACAGUGUACCGAUAAUAUGUUCACGAGUAACUCGAGUUUAUCUUGGGCGAUGUUUUAUUGAAUUUUUUUGUGUCAAUAUCGCUCCGUAGAAAACAAACAAAUAUACAAUUAUGUCAUCAAGCUCAAGCAAUACUAUAGAUGAGGCAGAUUUAAAAUCUAGACUGGCUCGCUUUGGCAUAAACCAGCCUAUUACAAACACAACUAGAAAUGUUCUGCUUAAGAAACUCUUAAAAUUAGAAAUGGAUUUUGAAAAGGAGAAAAACAAUCAAUCGAUUAAAUUUGGCUGACACUUCAACAAAUGACCUGAACGAGUAUGAAAUACGUGAUGGAAUAUUCAAGCAUGGAUUAAAUCAAGUCGCACUGACCGAUUCUACUCGUCCUGCUACUGAAAAUUGAUAUGACUGACACAAAUGACCAAUUUUUAGUUGAAGAUGAUGAAAUAUUAGCUUCUAUAUUAGAAGAAAGUUUAAGACAUUACAAUGAAGUGGAAGUACCGUUACGGUGUAUUGCUGAGAAUGAAGUAUCUCCUGCGAAGUCUAUUGUUGAGGAUGAACUACCAUCAGUACAGAACGAAGCACCACAACAGUCUAAUAACUCAAAUUCUUUACCUAAAUUAAGCAGGGUUGCACCACCAGUAGUAAUAGACUUGUGCCAAUCACCCAAGAAAUGUACAACUGUCCAAAGUAGAUUAUCACAUUUUUUUACAAAACCUAAAAGUGAUAAGAUAUAUGAUAGAGAGGAAACUAAUAGUAAACUAGAAAAUCAAACAGACAAAUUAUGUAUUGAAAUUAAUUCAUCACCAGUACUGAAUAAUAACAGCAUUAGCAGUUCACCAGCGAUUUUCUAUAAAGAACCAGAUGCAAAUGGGUUUCAUUUAUCGUCUGGUUCACAUUAUGUGUACCCCUCAAAUUUUCCAGUCAGAGAAUAUCAAAUGGGAAUUAUCAAAACAGCUUUAUUUCAUAAUACUCUCGUCAGUUUGCCUACAGGCAUGGGGAAAACAUUCAUAGCUGCUGUGGUCAUGUACAACUUUUACCGAUGGUAUCCAAUGGGUAAAAUAAUAUUUAUGGCACCGACAAGACCAUUAGUUGCCCAACAAAUUGAAGCUUGUCACUCGAUAAUGGGUAUUCCUAGGGAAAUGACAUUUGAAAUGACUGGUAAUAUCCCACCCGAACAAAGAUAUUUAGCGUGGAAUAAAUACAGAGUCUUUUUUCUUACACCUCAAGUUCUAGCUAAUGAUUUGAGUCUUAAUAAAUGUCCAUCAGAAACAUUCAGAUGUAUUAUUGUGGACGAAGCACAUCGAGCUACCAAAGAUUAUGCUUAUGUUCAGGUCUUAAAGCGUUUGGCAGAAGAAAACCGAGUAAUUAGAAUUGUUGGAUUAUCAGCUACUCCUGGAACUAAUGUAGAAGCGGUCACUGAGGUCAUAAAAAAUCUAAACAUAUCAAAGUUAGAGUUCAGAACUGAUGAAUCUCCUGAUGUGGCAAAAUAUACAAAUAAAAAAGAUGUUGAAUGCAUAUCAGUGAAACUUACAAAUACUAUUUUGGAUAUACGCACUCAAUUUUUAAUGAUUUACGAUAAAUACUUAAAACGUUUAAAACAGUACCAUGCCCUCAAUGGAAACGUUGCUAAUCUAACAAAAUUUCAAAUAUUCACUGCCAAACAAAAAUUUUUAACCAGUAAUAAUGCUCGUGAUAUGCCAAAAUCCCUUAUUGGAUGUUUAAUAAAUGAUUUCACUAUAUGCAUGUCGCUGGCAUAUGCUUUAGAGUUGUUGACAAUUUAUGGUGUCAAAGUAUUUUAUUUACAGUCGUUAGAAAUGAAGGAAACUCAUAAAUGUUUAUCAAAUGAUGCUGAUUUUCGAAAUCUCUUGCAUAGUAUUAACAAAGAAUUAAAUUCUCAGGAUUUGACUUGGAGUCACCCCAAACUAUUUGAAUUGAAAAAAAUUGUUCAAAACUAUUUUGGCUUCAAAAAUGUAGAAGCAAGUAGCAAGAUAAUAAUAUUCUGUCAGUAUCGGUUGGUUGUAGUAGAAGUAUUUGAACUUUUAAAAACAUUCGGUUCAUCUGUAAAACCGGUCAUGUUUGUUGGGCAAUCUCUUAAGGAAAAAGGUGGUCUGCGGCAAAAAGAACAAUUGGAGGUAAUGAGUCGGUUUAAAAGUGGAGAUUUCAAUGUAUUAAUUGCUACAAGUGUAGCUGAAGAAGGUCUAGAUAUUGGAGAUGUCGACCUGAUCAUAUGUUUGGAAGCCAACAAAUCUCCAAUAAAAUUUGUACAACGACUCGGCCGAACUGGACGUAAACGUUCAGGGAAAUGUGUUACUUUACUGACUGAAGGAAAAGAACAAAUUAAAUACAAUUCUAGUGUUUCUUCGAGUAAAACACUUGUAAUCAAAAUGUUGAAAAACAAAGCAAUACUUUCUAAGUUGGCUCCUGAAGGACCAAGGUUGGUGCCAAAACAUAUCCAUCCACAAUGUUUAAUGAUUCAUGUAAAAGAACCAGAAGAGCUUUUUCCGGAAAAGAAAAAACUAAAAGGCAAGAGAAAAGCUGUUGAAAACAUUAUGCGAUAUGUAGAACCUAUUGAUGGCCAAAACGAAGUAGACGAAGACGGAGAAGACGGACUGGAUGUUUUCCAAAAUAAUAUAGAUAAACCGAAAAGAAGAUCUAAAAAACGAAAAACCGUCGAAUUUGAUACAAACGAUAAUGGCUGUACAAAAAUCGAAUCGACCAAACAAAAAAAUACUGACAUAGAUUGCGAACAUCAUAUGAAUGAUUACUAUUAUGAAGCACCUGAAAUCAACGAGCAAGGUGUAACCGAUAGGACUUUGGACCACUUUGUCGAUGAAGAAAAAGUGUUUAACGAAUGGCUUAAGUCGUGCAUGCAGACCAAUACCAUAGUGUUGAACAGCUCGUUUUUGGAACUGUUAAAUUUUUUUACUGAUCGUGGCCAAUGUGAUAUUGAACUUUUCAAUGGCAAACCGACUGACGACAUGUUUACAAGGCAGUCUCGCGUUGGCAAAAUAUUUGAAUGUCCGUCGGUCAGUGGAGUGCGUACGGUCCGCGCAAACGAUCAGCCAAUGAGAAAUACCGAUCAUUUGUCCCGAUUAUGUGAUGAUGUACGACCAGGUGGCUACACAGGUUGUUCACAAGUGGCCAGCACAUCCGCAGCUCGUGAAAUCAACGACUACACGGAUCCUGAAGACAUGUUUGACGGACACACUGACCACUCGAAUUUCAUGCAACCGAUCGGUAUACGAACGUCGGCAAUUUGUGAUGGUAGCCACGAGACGAAACCCGAACAAAACAGCCGUACGGGAAAAUUAAAUUUCAACGAUCUGUUCAAAAGCCAACUGGCUGACGGGUACACAGAUGAUUUUAUUGUUGGGAAUACGAGUCUUCCAGUACGCCCGAUCUCUGUAGAAAUAGACGAUGACAAUUCUCCAGCAAAUAUCACUACCGGAGCCGUCGUACGUGACGACGACCAAGAUGAAGACGAUGAAGUCAUGGGAAAUGUAGAUUUCGAAGAAUUAUUCAAGAGCCAGAGGGCCGACAGGUUCAUCGAAAAAUACAGCGAAGAAAUCGUCGCUGAACGACCCAACGAUGAUCAUUUGUCGGUCGUAUGUAGUGGUGGUGGCAAAAAAGCCGAAACGUGCCAUGAAGAAAAAAUAGACUUAUUGUUUGAUAGCCAAAGAUCCGACGACGAUGAAGCCGACGAAAUAAUGGGGAAUAUUGAUUUAGAAAAGCUGUACAAUAGUCAGAGAUCCAAUAACUGUAAGGAAAAGGAAUCCGCCGCCGGACGACAGAACGUCGAUCGAUCGAUCGCCAAUGGUGGCCGGAGGAGUCCAGUCGUGUGUGUUGAUGGGAAAAAGGCAGUGACAUUCGGUCACCAGCCGGUUGGAAAGAUGGACUUCAGUGUAUUGUACAAAAACCAAAGAUCUGACGGGUACAUUGAAGACUUCAUGGUGAGAAACACCCCCCGAGUCCAGCCGUCGAAUGCAGACGAUCGAAUCUUAUUCCACAUCGAUGACGAUCAGGAUAAAGACGACAAAGUGAUGGGGAACAUUGAUUCCGAAAAACUUUUCAAGAGUCAGAGGGCUGCCAAGGGUAUGAGAAUUGACGAAAUCGACAAAAUAUCUGCCAAAAGACCGAACGUCAAUCGAUCGAUCAUAAACAGUGGCCGAAGAAGUCCCAUAGUGUGUGGUGGAGCGUUGGAUAAAGUCGACUACGAUGCACUGUUCAAGAGCCAACGGAGCGACGAGUACAUCGAAGACUAUACGGAUAAGUCCGUAGCAAAAAUAGCUGCUGAAAAGGUUGGAGUGGCGGAUGAUUGGCCGCGCUCUGAUGUUGGGGUUGAAGACGACGACGUAAUUUCCUUAAACAGUUCUCAAGAGUUUUUCAGCUGCAGACCGUCGAAGAAGGCCACCCAGACGAAACUGACGGGCCAUGUUUGUACCGACCGCGCCAUCGAAAUCAUCGACUUAUCAUCGCCUCCACCAAGCUCGUCAAGUACCGCGGCCGCAUCCGCCGCCAGUCUGCCGAUUGCAGUAGACAGAUUUCCGACCGACUGCAGCGCCUCGACCUCGCGUGUUGGUGGUGGUGGUCUGCUGAAGCAGACGAACGAUGACGAUGACAUGGAUUUUAUGUUCAUCGAUUACAACAGUGACGGUGAUGUUGCUACAGAUAUUUUUACGCAGAAACAUAGGGAUGGCGGCGAUGAAGACGUUUUCACACAAAAGCUCCAGGACGAUGGUGAUACGGACUUUUUCACGCAGAAAAAACGCGACAGCAGCGGGUCAAAGGCCGCGGUCAGUCUACCGUUAUCGCCCGUCGCUUCUGCAGCGAAACUGCCGCUUAAGAUUGACGUGACAAAGCGUGCCGGUCACUCCACACAAUCGUACGACAACGGCAUGAUGCCAUUCAACAUCAUGAAAGCUGCACGUCUUGUUGACUUGCUUAAGCCGGGCUUGAGCAUGAAGAGGAACACGACAGCGGCGGAAUCUAAACGACAAGUCGACAAAGGCUCCACGGCGGUGGCGUUCAAACGAAAGGUUGACAACGGCUCGCCGGUGGCUGCGCUCAAACGACAAGUCGACAAAGGCUCCACGGCGGUGGCGUUCAAACGAAAGGUUGACAACGGCUCGCCGGUGGCUGCGCUCAAACGACAAGCCGACAAAGUCUCGCCGGUGGCUGCACUCAAACGGCAAUUCGACAAAGGCUCGCCGAUGUCUGCACUUAAACGGCAAGUCGAUAGAGGCUCGCCGGUGGCUGCACUCAAACGACGGGUCAAUGACGCCUCGCCAGUGGCUGGGAUCAAACGACAGUUCGACAACGGCUCGAUGGCGGCAUUGGCGUUGAAAAGAAAAGUCGCCAACGGCCAAAGUCCAGCCGACGACAUGUCGCCCAUACAUGCUCCAAACGGCCAGCGUCGGCGUCCUCAGUUUUCGCAGUCUACUCCCAAAGUUACCGAGCAACCGAAACAACGACGACGAGAAACCGUCACCACCGCUACCACUACAGUUACCACCGCUGGAAAGGUCAACUCUCUGUUGACGUCCAGCAGUGAUUCUGACAAUUUCGUCGGCUAUGGGCGCAUCCAAAAUACGACCAGCCCGCGCCGCCGAGUCAAGAAAAAACGCCGAAGGAAACCGAAAAAGAAACUCUUGUUCAUCGAUGACGAAGCCGAUGUCAGCAAUUGCUACGGUGACGGUACCAAUUUCAGCAAGACUAGCUCCGACAACGACGACGAUGACGACGAUGACCAAAACGAAUUCGAUUCCAGUUUCAUCGAUGAUGAUCAUGAAAAGUCCGAUCCAUCGAAGAGCAUGACCAAACAGUAUUUACAAUCGGUCAAGAGCCAGGCCAAUACUCGCGGAGUCUUCAAGAUACCUCAGCUAACGAGACAGCAUUUCAACAUCGACGUUUACUCUCAGAUGGAUGACAGGAACGUGGAUAAUAACUACGAAGAGGAUUCGUUUUGCGUGGAAGACGCGUCCGACCUGAACAGCACGUCGUCGACGACAAACACGAGCGCGCACAGGACGUCGGACGAACGGCCGUCAAAGCCGCCGCCGUCGCGGAAGCGGAAGCGCAUAAUUUUGUCGCCGCGGAGUUCGGACAGCAGCGACAACAGUCCCGGGCACCGGGUCCGGCGGAAGCGCGGCAGGGCGAAGACUUCGCUGGACUUCAGUUGACCACCGCGGCCGGGCGACGGAUUUCGUAUCCGGUAACCACCCUGUCGGCGGCCCAUCCAUCUAUUUAUAUAUAUGUGUUUUGUUAUUUUUUACGCUCACUUUUACAUACGUAGCGUUUUUUUUUGUUUAUUGUACCGCCGCCUCGCCGACUGCACAGAACCGAUAUUAGUCCGUGAUCUCGUAAUACUGUACCUAUAUUUUACGGGUGCGCCUGACUGUGUGUAUCGCUAUCGGUCGGUUAUUUAUUAUUUUUUUUCCGCAGUUUGACUGUACAUAUCUCCUAUAUUAUACACCUAUACAUUAUACCUAAUCAAUAAUAAUGUUUGUUUGUUUUUUUA